CUACAUCUCUCUCCCACUCAGUAAUUAAAGAUAAUAUGUGACAUACUCCUUUAUUCUCAUAUUUGUUCAACAAAGCAUCAACUGUUUGCUAUGUCUGCCAGUUUUAAUAAUACUUCAAGAGAGACAUUGUUCUUGGGAACAAAGGACCCAGAGGGUAAGAAAGGGCACACAAGGAUUGAAUCCACAGUUUGCUCGAGCUGCAGGUUGUUAAGGGGUAAUCCUAACCAGUUGUAAUUGAGCAAUGACAGGAAAAUUCGCUUACUAUGCAGCAGCUGCCUUGCUAGUGACUCUACUGUAUCAGAUUCAAGAUGCAGAAGCCACAAGAAGUGGUCUGUGCGUAUUCAAGAGAUGUCCCAGAGGCUACAAGUUCAAUACCGUAAAGUGCGUCUGUAAGAAAUGCAUUGCCACAGCCUGCCCAGACAACAGUCACUACAGUUUCAGUACGUGUCGGUGUGAGUGCCCACAACAUCAAAAAUGUCCUCACGGGCAGUACUUCAACUCUGAAACCUGCAAGUGUGGCUGCUCACCUCACAUCAAAUGUCACUCUCCACGUGUCCUUAACAAGGAUGCAUGUAAAUGUGAAUGUCCCAAGAACGUACAUUGUCUCCCUCCUCUUACUUUUGACGAAAGGACGUGUGCAUGUCAUUGUCCAGAACACCACAGUCACUGCCCAACAGGUAAAAUAUAUAGCUACACAGAAUGCGGCUGCAUCUGCUCUGAAAAGGCUUACUGUCAUCUGCCAAGGUUUUUCAACAAUGAGACAUGCAAGUGUGAGUGCAAAGGAGAAAGGAACUGUGUCCAUCCCAAAGUGUACAGUGAGACAAACUGCAACUGCCAGUGCCCAGAAGAUGACUACUGUCCCAGGCAUAAGACUAUCAAUCCAGAAACCUGCGAGUGCUCAUGUCCUGCUGAACUCUCUUGUAGAAGCCCACAGGUUUUAAACGAUAAGACAUGUAAGUGCGUCUGUCCACCGCACACUAGACGCUGCCCUCCUGGCAAGGAAUUAGAUGAUUUCACUUGUGAAUGCUCAUGUCCAGAAGUAUUCUGUCCUUUACCCAAACUUCAGAAUCCAUACACAUGUAAAUGUGCAUGUCCAGACACACUAACCUGUCCUUAUGGACAGGUAGUAGACCCAGAGAACUGCCAAUGCUCGUGUCCAAAGAAACUUUCCUGUUCCGGUAACCAGAUACUAGAUCCACGCACUUGCUUGUGUAAAUGUCCAUUGAUCGAUGAUUGCAGGGAUGGAUACAUAUUUGAUGGCCAGCUAUGUCACUGUGUGUGUGAUCCACGUACAAGAUGCUCUUCCCUCCAGACCCUCAAUCCAACCACAUGUGAAUGUCAGUGUACAAAUAUCACAAAAUGUCCACGAAACUUUAUCUACGACUACAGGACGUGUCGCUGUAUUUGCUCAGAGGAUUACGUGUAUUGUCCCUCGCCACAAGUACUGGAUAAAAGAACCUGUCAGUGUGGCUGCUCUAGUGACAUAUACUGCACACCACCAAAAAUAAUAGACCCUGAAUGGUGCGAUUGUAAAUGCAAUAAGAACAUAUACUGUGCCCGUCCUUUGGUUCUUGAUGAUAAAACCUGUGAAUGCGGCUGUCCUUAUGGGACACACUGUCCACCAUAUAAAACUCUAGACAAGAACACAUGUCAAUGUAGCUGCUCUGAUCACAAAUACUGUCCAAAGCCACAGAUAAGAGAUGAGGAGACAUGUGAGUGUAUCUGCCCUAAAGAUAUUUACUGCCCACCAAACCAAGUCCUUGAUAAAGAGACAUGCGAGUGUGUCUGUCCUGAUAUACAAUGCAAAUAUCCUUAUUACCUCAAUAAGGAAAGCUGUAAAUGUGAAUGCUCGCCCAAUCCAGGUUGCCUUGAUGAUUACUAUUACGAUCCAUACACUUGCAAAUGUAUAUGCGAUAAGAAGAAGCACUGCCUGGCUCCAAAGGUCCUUAAUGAUCAAACGUGUCGCUGUGAGUGCCCGUCCUCUCCUCCGUGUUCAUAUGGCCUCACAUACAAUUAUGAUCAUUGCAGGUGUCAGUGUCCAAGAGAUAAAUCAUGUCCUCCAGGAUCAGUCCUUGAUCCUAUCACGUGUAAGUGUGGCUGCAGCAACACUCCUUGCCCUCCACACUUUGUAAAGGACCCAAAAACCUGUAAAUGUGGUUGUCCAAAGUCCCUCUAUUGUGAUUACCCAAGAACACUCAAUCCUACCACUUGUCAGUGUGAGUGUGAGAAAGUCACUAAUUGUCCUUACAAGCAGGUCUUUGAUAGCAACAAGUGCCAGUGCGUAUGUCCAUUGAACGUUGUGUGUCCUCCUGGCAAAGAAUUCGAUCCGCAGACAUGUCAGUGCAGGUGCCCAGUGAUAGUAGGCUGUCCCAAUAAAUCAGUUUAUAAUAAACACACUUGUCUAUGCGAGUGUCCUAGAGAUACAUACUGCCCAUCAUAUACAGCUCUCGAUCGCAACGAAUGCAAAUGUGUCUGUCUCCCUAAACGAUGUCCACCAAAUCAGUCUCUCGACCCAAAAACAUGUAAAUGUAAGUGCCCGAAGACUCACUCUUGCCCAAGGAACAUGGUCUUUGAUGACGAGACGUGUAGAUGUAAAUGCAGCCACAAAGAGACCUGUCCCUAUGGUCUCACGUUUGACGACCAGUCCUGUCAAUGUAUAUGCAAAGGGAAGGACUGCCCACGAAGACAAAGGCUCAACCCACACACUUGUAGGUGUGAGUGUCGCCACCAAACUGAAGCCUGCCCACAACUUAAAUAUUAUAAUCAGACGACGUGCGAUUGUCAAUGUGGUUGGGUAGAAAAAUGUGACCCUCCUCAGUUCUUCAGUCACAAAGAAUGCUCCUGUCAGUGUCCUCCUAAUAUCAAAUGUCGGGACUACCAAGAGGUCGAUGAUAAAACAUGUCAAUGUCGCUGCUCGAGUCAUAUCCGCUGCCAAAAGGACUAUGCUGUCAAUCCCAAUACUUGUAAAUGCGAGUGUGCUAAAAAGUGCAAGGCCCCCUAUAUCUUGGACUCCAGUACAUGCAAAUGCAAGUGCAAUAUAAACUGUAAGAGAGGAUACAGGGUUACCACUAGCUGUGAGUGUCUCAAGAUGACUUGUCAGAAUGCAAGAGAUGAGAAUGAGUGCUAUGAAUCAUCAUGUGACCAAUAUGAUAAAAAAUGCACAUUUAAUGAGCAUACAAAGACAUGCCUGUGCCCCUGCUGUGUAACAAGAGAAAACCCAACCCACCACUCAUGGUGCCUUGGGUGGUCAUUCUAUGGACCAGAGCAAUGCCGGGUCCACGAGAAGCUGUGCAAAUGGAGGUGCUAACGCCAUAACUGAGAACAAUCAAUGAUGAUUAUUAUUAUCAAUUUAUAAUUAUUAUUAUUAUUAUUAUUACUAUUAACUCGUAAUGUAAAGUAAAAACUAAAAUCAUAUUAAAUGUAGCUCAUUAUACAUCAUUGGCUAAAUC